AUGGAGCAGUGUAUCUCUAUCUCUUGUGCUCAUUCCACUAUACUCACGCCGUUUUGGCUAUCUUUUGUUUAUGCCAAAAUCAGGGAAUCUCUGCGGGGCACAUUAUGGGAUAAGCUGAAGGCGGUUUGUCCCAGGAUCCCAGGGGGGGUUCCAUGGUCGCUCAUGGGUGAUUUCAAUUGUCUAAUGAGUGUGGACGAGAAAAUGGGUGGCUUGCCUUACUCUCAUAGGAAGACUGUGGAUUUCUGUGAGUGUGCCAGUUCGUGUGGCUUGGUGGAUGCAACUUACUAUGGCUCCCGUUACACUUGGUGGAAUGGGCGACGUGGGGAGGCGGCCAUAUGGAUGCGUUUAGAUCGAUGUCUCUACACUUCCGAGUGGGAGUCGGUGUUCAAAACAACAUUGUGCGUGAUAGUUGGCAAGCUCCGGCCGAUGUCUGUAUUGGCCGCAAAGCUAAAAAGGCUGGCGAAAGUCCUAAGUAGAUGGAGCAGAAUGGUGUUUGGGGACAUAUUUGCUAAAUUGCGGGAAUAUGAGGAUACUGUCCAGAAUCUAGAGGCGGUGCUGCAGCAACACCCGGAGGAUGAGCGGGCGUUAAUUGAAUAUCAAAAAGGGGUUGCUUUGCUGAAGAGGCAGAUAGCGAUAGAAGAGGAGUUUUGGCAGCAAAAGGCACGCGUAACAGAGGUACAAGAAGGUGAUAGAAACUCCCAUUACUUUCAUGCAAUUGUCAAGGAGCGCAGGCGCAAACUAUAUAUUCAUCGAGUUAAAAAUGAUGACGGGGUCUGA